AUGAUAAUAGAACAAAAUGAUGUGGAAUUAAUAGCAAUUAAAACUAAAUCUCUACACGAUUUAGAUAAUGAAACGAAUUUCAAUACCAAUGCAAAUCAUUUUAAAUUAAAUAAUAAAUUUAAUACUUUUACUAAAGAUAAAGACAGUGAGUUAUUCAAUGAUCCUGAAGAGAAGAAGGAGGAGGAGUAUGACAAUGAUCAUUAUGAGUCUUCAGUGCGUUUUGUUGAGAUCGAUAAGUCUCCUAAUGGAGCCUGUGGUUUUCACUUGACACGCAGCAAAUGGGAUCCAUAUCCUUGGGUGAGUGCUGUGGAUAAUUUUACACCUGCAGCCAAAAGUGAUUUAAAAGCCGGCGAUUGUAUUUUAGAGGUUAAUGGCUGUGAUGUAUUGGGUUUGCGUAUCACGGAAAUUGCAAAAUUGGUAAAAUCCUCACAACAUCAAGUCACGUUAUUACUCUGGAGUACCAACUGUAAUACUAAAUGUGAUGAAGAGAGUUUAUGUGCGGCACCCAUGCCACGUUCGUUGCAAAGACUAUCGCUGGUGGUGCAAACGGUUUUAAGUUUAAUCGAAUGCCCCGUUUGUCUGGACACGAUAACACCACCCGCAAUGCAAUGUCAAAAUGGUCAUUUGCUGUGUGUCAAUUGUCGUAUACAUGCUGAAAAGUGUCCAGUGUGCCGGGAUCGUUAUUAUCCAAGACCGGCUUUAAUUGCUGAACAAAUACAGUCGGCCAUUACAAGUGCUUUCAAUUUAUGUCGCAAUGAAGAUAAAGUGCGUCAGAAAAUCUUUGGACGGCACAACAGACAACGACAGAUGGUUAAGACAACAUUGGAAUGUUUGCAGCAAAAGCAACAAAAUCAACAUCCACUACAUAAAUCCUUAACGGCAGACACACAACAACAUGGUUGUGAAAAAUCUCUAGAUGUAAAAACUGCAACUGCAACUACAACAAUCAAUAGAAAAUGUGAUAGAAAAGUAACAGACAAGUUUUUCAAAUGUAGCAGUGGCAACCGAACAACAUGCAAUAAAUUUUUAACAAAACUUUUAAACUCCAAAGCAUAUUCAAUGGAAAAUCUAACAAAUGGCCAUAAUAAUAAUAACAAUAGUGCAACAACAGCAAGAACAACUAACACUAACAACAAUUUCAACACUUGCCAUACAACGAUAACGUCUGCAAUAUCUCAACCUCAAUUGUUUGCCAUGCAACAACAGCCAAACAGCUCACACAAACACGAGGGUGAAUACAGAGCUACACAGCAACAGCAGACAUCAUCACCAUUAUCAUCAUCAGUAACAAACACAAAUCAAUUUAACGAUUUUCCCAGAAAUGUUGCAAGAAAUCAUCACUACUUGUUGACACACAAAACUCCCCAUCUUAAUGCUAUUGAAAAUGAUUUGAACAUAAAUUCAAAACUGUGUUGCAAGCAAAUGCCCAACAAUAAAAUGAAACAUUUUUCAUUAUCAUCGGAUACAGAUUUAACGAGAACCAAAGAAAGUAUAACAUGUCUUUUGGAAUCACCCAGCAUAUUUAUGAAUGGCACAAAUAAAAGGCCCUGUCCACCAGCAGUAUGUGAAACAUCAUAUGCCACAAUACCCAGAGCCAUAAAAGUGAGAGAGAAACAUUUUAUACAACGGACCAUGUGUCAAAAUGAUGUAGUACUACAUGGAACCAACAAAGAGACGACGUCUUCGGCAUUGGCAACAAAUUUUCCCAAAUCACACAGUUCAUCAAUGACAUCUUUAAAUUUAAGUUUAACAAUGUCUUCAUCAGCUACUCCUUCUACUGGCUGUUGUUCUUCUUACUGCUGUAGUUGUUCGGCUUCAUCGUCUUCUUCAGUAACUCAAAACUGUCAGUCUUCAUUGUCAGCAUCAACAUCAGCAGCACAUUAAAGCAACGUCUUGUACAUCAUCUUUAUACGUUUAAUCAUCAUCAGCAUCAUCAGUAUCAAUGAAGGAAGCAGUAACAGCACCACAAGCAUUAUUUCUACAAGAAAAUCUGACUAAUUUUCUUCAUCACCUGUUGCUGGCUGUUUAUCUUUCCAUCAUCACUGGCAACAGCACCACUAUACACAAACUUACUUAUUAUAGUAUAGUA